AUGUUGAUGGAUGCAAUGUUGUUCAUUGGAAUCAAUGUUGCCAUAAGCGUUCGAGUCUCAAAUGGGCUAGGUCGGCCCAUGGCUACCAAAUAUAGUGGUAGUAAUUCAAUCAUUCCUUAUUGGGAUACUCUACUGGCUGUAAGAAAUCAUCUGGCCAUUCUUUUCACAAACAGCAAGGAUUUGCAACGAGUUGUUGCUGACGUUGCUUGGCUUCUCGGAAUAACCAUGGUUCUUAGCAGUGUUAUCAGGUGUUGUGUUUAUUCCAUUUUUGCUGGUGUUGCUAUUGGAGGUGGAUGGCAAGGUCUAGUGGCUUUUAUCAAUUUGAGAUCUUACUAUGUUUUUGGUAUUCCUCUAGGAUAUACGAUUGGUUAUGUCUCUAAUUUUAUGUUGCAAGGUCUAUGGGCAGGAAUGAUAGCAGGACUUGCUUUACAGACACUGCUACUCUCAUUUGUACUCUAUAGAAUUGAUUGGAAUAAAGAGUAUCUACAUGUUGUGAAUAAAGUGGAGCCUAAAUCCAUGUCAGAUGCCACGGUGGAUGACAGCUAG